AUGUCAUAUAAUAAUAGUGUUUCUGAGAAAGAUCAGUCGGCUUUCCCGACAAUUACCGUUCUGGAGGUGUCGGAAGAUAAACGUUUAGAUAAUGAUAAUAAAAGAGCUCGAGCAAACUGUUGUGGCUGUAUAACAGAACAAGUGGGAUUUUUCGGAUUGUUAAAUACUUUAAGUUCUAUUUCUACUUUGGCAUCCUCUGACCUCGUUAGUAGAGAUGAAAUAAUUUUAAUAGUUUCUGUUAUCUUAUAUGCCAUGAUGUCUAUAGUUGGAAUUAUUGGUGUUUUGGCAAUCCGAAAAACUGUUAUU